GCCAUUGGCAGCUCAUGCGUGACACCUGCCGCUUGCUCAGGCCCUUUGAGGAGGCCACGCUAUUCGUGAGUCGGCAGGACUAUGGGAUGAACGACGUCAUUCCUCUGUUGCACGUCCUGGAACAAAUGCUGUUAACAAUGGCUGGUCAGGGUGCGGUAGACAUGGCGCACAGAUCUCAACGCCACAUGACCCCUGUGGGGGCAGGACAGGAAGAAGAGGAUGAGGGAGAAGAAAGAAGAAGAAGAAAGAGGAAGAAGAAGAAAGAAGAAGAAAGAGGAAGAAGAAGAAAGAAGAAGAAGAAAGAGGAAGAAGAAGAAAGAAGAAGAGGAAGAAAGAAAAAGAGGAAGAAGAAGAAAGAAGAAGGAGGAAGAAGAACAAUGAAGAAAGAAGAAGAA